GCAGGUCAGACCCGAGCCGCACCGCACCGCACGAAUCCUAUCGCCGAGAGAAAGUCUUUGGGUUUGGGGAACGCCGGCGGGAGAUGGGCAACGCCGGGAGCGCGGGCUCGCCGGAGCAGGCGAAGAAGCCGGAGCAGGCCGACGGCGGGGGCGGGGGCGGGGCCCCGCCGUCCACGGUGCGGUUCUUCCCCGCCGCCGCGCAGCACACGGCCAGGCAGCCGCCGCCGAUUAAGCUGGAGGGGGAGGACCUGCCGCCGCCGCCGGCCGAGGGCGUGGAGGAGGACAUGGCCGCCCCCCGCAACCUCUGGCAGGUGUACGCGCUGGGAGCGUUCCUCGUGGCGCGAUGGGGCUGGGCCAAGUGGCAGGAGAGCAAGGACCGAGACGACUCCGCGGAUGGCCAGUUGCCGCCGCCGGCUGCUUCAUCCUAGGUCCAUCUCCUGCCACCGCAAGGACUGACCGGGCUCCGCUUCCGGUCUGAACCAUCACUGUUAGUUGCAGCAAAGUAGAUGAACGUCGCCGAACUUCCUCUCAAAGGUAGCGGUUGCGGCGACGACGAGUUGAUGGCGUUGCAUCAUCGCGAUCAGAGGUUUUUCCUCCCACCAUCGUCGCUGUGUAACCGGAUAAUGUGUGGAUUCGCAACAAGUUGUUUAUGAGACUUGUGCUGCUACUGAAUAUGUGCCGAUGAGUCGAAACCUGGCAAUGUCUUUCCAGCACGAAUCAUACAUAACUCGACGGAUUAUUUCA